GAACGAUCAAAAGAUUAAUCAAUCAAAUAGGAGUGACGUUCUAUGGCUACAUUUCAACUUCAAUCAUUAGAAUGGUAUCAUAAUAAUAUCAAUAUCGACAAAAUAAGCAAGUCAAACAAUGAGAUGACGCCUAAAGAGUCAUAAAUUAAAAUCAGAUGAGAGAAAUUCGAAAGCCGUCUGACCAAAAAAAUAGAUCAACCAAUCCCCAAUUUGAAAGACGAAGAAGAAGACUAAAGAGAUUGAAAUGCAACUGAGAAAGACGAAUAUCCAACAAAGAUUAUACAACGCUGAUAUUGCAGAGUUGAGUUUAGCCGUUGAACAACUGCCUAGUAAGGAAAUUAUUCUCUUGGAAAAAAACACAAAAUUAAAUGAGAAUGGAAGGAAAAAAGAAAUUCGAAAACACAACAAGAUACAUCAUUAUUCUUGUAGAAAAGCACCCAAAGAAAGAAAAUGAGACUCGAAAGAAAUGAAUGAUUAGAUUGUUAUGCAAAAUGGAAUAAAGGAUUGAUGUCAAACAGGAUUAAAACAGGGUGAGGUAUAAUUUGAGUUCUUUCUUGAAGCAAGUUGAUCCCCUUGAACUAAGACAAAUCGUGAGAUGAAUCAUCAAUGGGCAUAACUUAUGCAAAAAAUUGAGAUAGACAUGAAGAGAUGGUAAUAGAAUAGUAUUGAAAUGAAUAGAGAAUCUUCGAAAUUCUAGAAUAUGAAGUUGUCUUUGAGGAUAAUCAAGUUUAAAGUUGAAGAUCACAUCUCGAGCUGAGAUCGCCAAGAAGCAAACUUGUCGCCAAAGAUGAUGAUUGUUUCAUUGAAUUUGAGUUCAAAAUGUUACUAUGGGAGUCUUCCCUUGGGAUUUGAUCUUAUAAGAAUUACUCGGAACUAUGUGAAAGAUGCUCGGUUUACUUCUAGGAGAUAGUUGAAGUUCUAAAUCCCUGAUAACGGAGCUUUCUCGACCUUGAACAUAUCUCUCUGAAGGAUUUGGCCAUCUAAUCAAAGAUGUUGUAGAAUAUUUUAUACUUUCAUCUAGGGUGUUAUGAAAGACUUUGGGUUUGGUUUCACUCCUUGUUCUUGUACGUGUUGGAUUUAAUUGAUAAUGAUGAUUUGAUUUUAAUGGAAAGCUUUCGACUUGAUUUUCUCUAGAAAUUCGAGUUGGAUUAGAUGGAAUUGAAAUCUCAGAUUGAUUAUCUGAAUUUGUUCUACUUCUAUAAUCUUUGUAAUAUAAAUUUGAAUCUUCAUCACUUUGAAUCGAAUCAUGACGAUCAAAUGAAUUGAAAUCAAAACUUGAUAUAAUUUGAGAUCUUGAUUGAUGUCGAACUUCAAACCAACUUGAAGUAGUAGAUAAUCUGAAUUGUCUUAGUCCAUUUCCUAAAGCCCAAAUUGAUUUAGAUCUUAAAUUCUCUUUUUUGAUUCCUAAAUACAUUCUACUGAAUAAAACUUGAGUCAAGAUUAAAGGUGGUAUAAAGUUCAUUAGUUUGUAUUCGAAUGAUGAAGGUUGUAGGAACAUAAUUAAACUGAUGAUGUAUAGAAUUGAUGUGGUGAUAGUAAAGACCAAGUGAUGGUAGGAGAGUGGUUUGUCGACGCUUCCUAUGAGAAUCCCAUCAGUAGCUUUACCAUGAGACCUCGUACUGUAGGAAGUGAUGAGGAAGAAUAUUAUGUGAAGCAAUAUUGGACUUAUGAAUGAUACAAUGAUUAGGAUGGAAGUAGGCUUAUGAAGGACAACUUCAUUGGAUGUGGUAUAAGAGAGGAGGGCAUUUUUAUAUUCCGUUCGAAUCUCAACAAAGCAUAAUAUUUGAAUUGCCAGAUUGAUGGCGGCGAAGAAAAUGGAUGUGUAAGGGAUGAUGGGUGUAUUGGGAUAUAAAGUAUUGAUCUGAACCACCAAGACUGAAUGAACCCCAAGUAAACCAAUUCCAAACAAAAGUGGAGUGAAGAUUAACAUUCCACUUGAUAAGAUCAAAGUAUCAAUCGUGAAUGAAUUGAUCCAAAAUCCAAGUCCAAAGAAACCAAUCAAGAGAGUAAAAUAACGAUUCCAAAGGUAAAUUAUCUUUGCAAAUGUAUUUGAUACUCUCCAAACUAGAUUUGUUUCGAGAAAAAAAGAAGAAGCAAAAUCCCAAAAUAAUAUCAUUACACAACCGAAGAAAUAACCAUUUGAGAUCUGUAAAAAUGUGAUUGAGAUUGAUUGCUUUGAAUCCGAUGAAGGAUUUAGGAAUUGAUUGUCAAUCAUCUUUAAUUCCUGAAAGCUGUCUUGUUUGAAUCAACUAAAUGAAUUCAAAAUAUUGUGGAUGAGAUUCGAAAAUGAUGAUGAAAAACCAGCAUGUAGAGCUUCUUUUAAAGAAAUCUCUAAUGAGUAUGAUGCUGAAGAAAAGAUUCUUUAAACAAAACUCAAACUUAUCACGACAUUCUUGAAGGAGAAAACGAAUGACUGGAAAUCAAAUGC